UUUGUUCCUUUUGUAUUGUCUUUGCUUCCUUCUUCCGUUCCUUCUGUGUGUCGUUGAAUGACGAGUCAUCAGCGGCUGUACUGGGCGCUCGAUGGAGUGCCACUGUCGCUCUCUGCCGACUACCAAAGGCUCCUCCAAAUUGUCGAGCAGCCGCGCGCUCAGCUGCCUCACCCUCUGGUCGGCGCUACGUCCGCGCUGCUGGGAGCAAGUAGUCAGAACAACGUCGCGAACAAUAGCACAAGCUCAAGCACAGCGAGUUCGAAUGGUAGUAGUAGCAGCGGUAGCAGCAGUCUUCAACGGCAACUGCCGUACUCGUUUCGAUUGGAACAGCAAUGCCUGCGAGCGUUCAAGGAGCACGAGAAGGAGCUCGAGCGCGAAAAGCAGCGCAAAGUGCAGCAAGAGGCAUUGCUCGAGCAACAAGAGCGAAAACUGCUUGAGGAGACGCGAGCACAAGUCAAACGGAUGGCCGAAGAGGUCGAACAGAUGCGCUUGGAGCAGCAAGAGCAACUCGCGCGAUUGAACAAUCCUGCUGCUGUUGCUGCUCCAGGGGUCGUCGACCCAACGGACAGCACAACUUCCCAAAGCGCAUCUUCAGUUUCUUCUGCUUCUUUGGGCGCCAAUUCCACGGCAGACCAGAUCGAUGGCACAUUCUCUAGCUUUAACACCAGCACCAGGAGUAGCGGUAUUCCGUCUCGACCAGACAGCACUCUUUGGUCGGUCGACUCUGCCCUGAGCGAGCCAAAUCCCAAACUGGCCAAGCCACCAAGCUUGGCUGCCGCAGCAACACCCACUAGCUCCUCGACAACUCCAGUCUCCGUAAUACCGCACUCGAUUACUCCGUUGCAGCCAACGCCAGCACCGAGUACGUCCUUCUUUGCUGGUGCUGCUGCAACAACUCACGGGUCCUCUUCUUCGACAGUCGGUUCUUCCGCAUCAACAACUCCCGUUCACCAACAUACUCCUGCAGGAUCGCCACCUCGCACUACUGCUCCAAGUCACGAAUUCAACCAAGCGGCAUACCAAAUGCCAACGCACACCUUUCACAAUCACGCUUCUCAACCUCCAUACCAGUUUCAGCCGCAUCCACUCCACACAGACAACACCCAGGACAUUGCGCAGUCGUCGAACAUGCCUGCCUCGCAAUUCGCCUCGCUCGGUAGCCAACAACAACCCUCAUCAUCUCUAACGCCUCUGCAGCCCUCCAUGUUUCUUCACGACGCUGCUCCAAUUGUGCCAACCCUCGUUUCCAGCGGUAGCGAGAACGUGUCGACGAAUCGAAGCGGUGCACCUCGUGUCCCGACAACCAUGGGAGAGACGUCGUCAUCGAAACGCGGCAACGCUGCUGCUGUCGGCAAGCCAAAGAACGAGCUGUGGCGUGAGUUCGAAGCCGACUCGACGCCAUUCGAGACGGUCGAGUUGAUGGCGUUGAACGACAUUGCUGCGCUGAAGGAUGUGCUCAGCGCUGCACCUCAGCCAGCACAACGAGUGCCACCAUCCAACUUGCAGGCACAUCCUGGCAUUUCAGCGGUAUCCCAUCCAUGAUCGAUGACGAUGACGACAAUCCUGAAUGUCAACAAAAGAUUCACUGUGCGUAGCGCGCACGGUGGAGCUGAGACGAUGCCAGUCAAUCCCACAAGGAUGUGCAAAAGCGAUUAUCGAAAAAUAAAUACAUGUUCCUUGCAAAUGCCAAUUGAAUCGGAGGCAGGAGU